UAAGAGGUAAACAAAAUUUUAGACAGAUGUUUGUUUUACAAUUUGUGAGAAGACGAUGAGUGAUCCACAUCCUUACCGUUAGAAUCAAUGCUGAUACACCAUUACAGUCAUGUAACAUCAGGCAUGUUUGACAUCACCUAUAUCCCCAGAUUUAUAAUGGACCAGACCAAGGUGUGACACACCAUGGCCACCUGCAUGGGCGAGGUUUUCACCUGGUCACUCAGGAACCAGACAGCCUUGCCAGAUGAUGUUGUUGGUAUUCACACCUACCAUGACAAACAACAAGCUUCCUCACAUAGUCAGCUGUACCUUGAGGAGAGACAACACUAUGCUGAAGGCCAGGACAUAGCAUGGACUCCUAAGAAUAAAAGACCUGAGAAGCUACGAGACACACUGAAGGAAUUAGAGGAUUUGUUGUCACAUCACAGACUAGUACAUGUCCGAUGGAGAAGUCGGCGAAUCCUUCAGGUUGUGCUGAGUAACUUGGUCAGUGUGACUUAUGUUCUGAGUGGACACAGUGGUGACCUUGACAAGGUCUUCCUCGACAAAUCAAUGAUGACCAAGGUCAACACAGAUGCAGCUUCAGAUGCGUACCUGUGUGAACAAUUCCUGAUCACAGUGUACCCCGACCGUAAUAAGCUGGAUUAUGCCUACUUUGUCAAGAGACCUCCACUAGGGGAGGCAAUCAAGCGCCUAGAAAAACUCUCUGCUUGGGAACCAAAGGUAUCUCAGGUAGAAAUUCCGGGUCCCAUUGGACGACGUCUGGAUCGGAAGCUGUCAGUCAACACCCGACAAGACACGGUGUUGGUGUGGUGGACAGCGUCCAGUGAUGAGGCAUGGCCAUGGAGCCCGAUGACCACUGAUAAGGAUAGAGCUAACCUGGUGCUUCUUUCUAUACAUGGCCCAAACAUUGGCCUUUUGACCUUCACAAGGUCGGAGUGUGACCCUAUACAUGCUGGUUUCAGUGACCUGCAACCACACAGAUUUUUCACGGUGGAGCAAGCAAUGGGGGCUGGGUCUGAAACGUCAGCUCAGAGUUGUACUUACGAGAUUAUACAGGGCAAGAUUCAGAGGACGAAUGUCACUGCUAUACAGCUGAAAGGUCACUUGACCUGUCAAGGUCGUAACCCAAGUGAGGAUAAACUUAUUCUUGGCUGUGGUGACGGAUCAGUGGUCCUCAUCGAUGACCACAGGAAGACUACCUCAGCGGUGCGGGCUGCUUUGAUCGCUGCUGAUGUUGCCUGGCAUCCCACGGGCACUGUUUUCUUCCUGAUCAGUGUACGAGGUGACAUACAGGUGUUUGACUUGGCCUUGACCUCAUUGAGAAUACAACUAGUGUCAGAGGAACCAAGCCCACAGAGAGUUCUUCCCCUUGGCAAGCUCUUCAGGGUGCCUGUGACGGUUAAAGAGCUGUGCUGGUGUUCCUUCGACCCUCAGUCUGUGGAGUGGAGUGGUGAUUACACAGACGCUAUGUUUAUUCAUUGUGACAGGGGCCCACCCUGUCUGUUCCUGCUGCACCUCGGUGUGGUCAGUAGGGAGCGUUUCUCCUGUCUUGAGCUGAUGAAGGAGUAUAUUAAACACAAUCAGAUCCCUGAGGCUAUUCUACUGCUGGAGAACAUGAACUGGGAUACUCAUGGAUCUGUUUGUUACUCCUGUCUCUCCGCAAUUGUCAACCACCUGCUACGCAAACCCCUUAAUGUAGAACGAGAAGGCCAGUUAGAAGUGAGUCUAGGGACCUUCUACAACCCUAAACGAGCGCUGUCAGAGUCUGUGAUCAUGGAUUUCAGGGACCCAAUCAGCCGACUGGCAAGGCGAUUCUUCCACCACUUACUUCGGUACUCCCGCUUUGACAAGGCAUUCCUGUUGGCUGUGGAUAUUGGAGCCAGGGACCUCUUCAUGGAUAUCCACUACAUGGCACAAGACAAGGGGGAGGUAGCUUUAGCAGAGGUUGCCAAACGUAAGGCUGACCAAAUUGAAACAGAGGCUUUAGAGUCGUUCGAUGGACUGGAUGAUGAUCUGAUAUUUAAUGGAUUCAAUGGUCAGAUACCCAAUAAUCACCAAGACAGUGGGCAGAAUGGACAGAAUUACAACCAAAGUCCAACGUCAUGGCAACCAGACUAUGCUUAUACACAAGGAUAUAGGCACCAGAACUCUGACACAGGUACCAAUAGGUACCUGCCAUAUCCAGACGAUGUCGGAGUCGAGUCGGACCUCAUACAGGACUACACAGAUGCUUUACGUAUAGACGACCCGUCCUGGAUACAUACAGCAGGGCUGCAUCACCAUCCACAGGAGGAUUCCCCAAAUCCAGAAACUGAAGAGGAUGACAACUCUGCCAAUGUGAUUCAUUUUGGAGUUGUCUGACAAUUAUAGAAUUACUGGAAGAUGUAGGGCCAUUCCAAUGUUGAAUCAUCAAGGAGUUUCUGAGAGCGAUAGUGCCUUUUUGUUACUGAAAUGGUUAUGGUGAUAUAUCAUCCUAAAUUAUAUUUAUUUUUAUCUUAGGGAAUGUUAUUAAUCUUUAUAACUACAGGUACUCAGAACAUGAUAUAACAGAAAUGGUAUUCAUCGUCUUUUCUGGUGAUAUCUUAAAUUCAACAUAGUACUAUGCAACAUG